CGUGCGGCGGGGGCGGGCAGCCACAGCCGCGGCGGGCGGGCGGAGCGCGGUGCGUGCGCGCGGCCCGGCCCCGGCUCAUUACUCAGCGGCCGAGGGAGGCAGGAGGCGGCGGCGGGAGGCGGCUUGGAGACACUGACUGGUGGGGGGCUUCUGCCUUAGGCAUAUCGGUAUAACCUAGGAAUGGUUCCAGCUGUAGCCUGAAGAGACACUGGGACAAACCUAGUUAAAGUCUGCUUGUCAAAGUCAGAAGCAAAAUUUGGAUGAAGCAAUCUAACUGAGUUGCCGUCAUGAGCAGAAGCAAGCGUGACAACAAUUUCUACAGUGUUGAAAUUGGAGAUUCUACUUUCACUGUAUUGAAGCGAUAUCAGAACUUAAAACCUAUAGGAUCAGGAGCACAAGGGAUAGUAUGUGCAGCUUAUGAUGCCAUCCUUGAACGAAAUGUUGCAAUCAAGAAGCUAAGCCGGCCAUUUCAGAACCAAACUCAUGCUAAAAGAGCCUACAGAGAGCUUGUUCUUAUGAAGUGCGUUAAUCACAAAAAUAUAAUUGGCCUACUGAAUGUGUUCACACCACAGAAAUCCCUGGAAGAAUUUCAAGAUGUUUACAUAGUGAUGGAGCUCAUGGAUGCAAAUCUCUGCCAAGUGAUUCAGAUGGAGCUAGACCAUGAACGAAUGUCAUAUCUUCUUUAUCAAAUGCUGUGUGGUAUCAAACAUCUUCACUCAGCUGGAAUUAUACAUAGGGAUUUAAAGCCCAGUAAUAUAGUAGUAAAGUCAGACUGCACUUUGAAGAUUCUUGACUUUGGACUGGCCAGAACUGCAGGAACUAGUUUUAUGAUGACGCCUUAUGUAGUGACUCGUUACUACAGAGCACCAGAGGUCAUCCUAGGGAUGGGAUACAAAGAAAACGUGGAUUUAUGGUCUGUGGGGUGCAUUAUGGGCGAAAUGGUUUGCCACAAAAUCCUCUUUCCAGGAAGGGACUAUAUUGAUCAAUGGAAUAAAGUUAUAGAGCAGCUAGGAACACCAUGCCCUGAAUUUAUGAAGAAAUUACAGCCAACAGUCCGAACUUAUGUGGAGAACAGACCUAAAUACGCUGGAUAUAGUUUUGAGAAACUCUUUCCGGAUGUCCUUUUCCCAGCUGAUUCUGAGCACAAUAAACUUAAAGCCAGUCAAGCAAGGGAUUUAUUAUCAAAAAUGCUGGUUAUAGAUGCUUCUAAAAGAAUCUCUGUGGAUGAAGCCCUGCAGCACCCAUACAUCAAUGUUUGGUAUGAUCCGUCAGAAGCAGAAGCUCCUCCACCAAAGAUACCAGAUAAGCAGUUAGAUGAGAGGGAGCACACGAUAGAAGAAUGGAAAGAGUUGAUAUACAAGGAAGUCAUGGACCUGGAGGAAAGAACCAAGAAUGGGGUUAUACGUGGACAGCCAGCCCCUUUAGGUGCAGCAAUGAUCAAUGGCUCUCAACAUCCAUCUUCAUCAUCAUCUGUCAAUGAUGUGUCUUCAAUGUCGACGGAUCCAACAUUGGCCUCUGAUACAGACAGCAGUCUAGAAACAUCAGCUGGACCUUUGGGUUGCUGUAGAUGACUACUUGGUCUUUUGGGGGGUGGGAGGGGAGGGGUCCUUUUAGUCAUUGAUAGGGCACCUUUAAGAGUUGGUGGUAUUUUUGAGUGUUUUUUCAAAAAUAAUCGUAGGAUUCUUCAUAAAGUGCUGUAAUUUUAAACUGUAAGUUGUGUUAAAAGCAGCCACUUUUUUUUUGCUGUAAUUAACUCUGUAAAAUAUUAUACCUGAUAAUUUUUAUUGUGGUUUUAAAAUCUGCAUAUUUGCUUUACUAUUAUGCUGCUGAUCUUUUUUUACUGAAUUUGUAAGAUUCGUUUUAUCAAAGCACAUAUUAAUGUUGUCAUUACCAUAUCAUGAAUUAUUUAAGAUUUUAUAGGUUUUCAAUUUUUUAAAUUAGAAUUUAUUCCAGAUGUUUUGUUCAUGAUAUCCUUCAAAGUUUUAUGCUUGGUCAUGUGUCCAUAUCCAGGUGGGGGGGGGAAGAAUUCAGUGUAGCCAGCUGUAGUUUUGGGCAUACUACUGUAGUGCUGGCAGUGAAUAAAAUCCUCUUAUUUUGGCCACUUACCUAUAUUUCAGUAAAAGCAGCAAUUAAUGAAUUUUGUUAGAGAAACAGUAUACAAUCCUUUGCAAAUUAACCUCAUCUGAAUGACUUUACGAACUUAAGAAAGCAAAGCAUAUCUUCAAAACUGCAGAAAUAUCUAGCCUAACAAAGGAAGAUGAUGUUUUCUGCAGAACUGUGGCAUGCCAAAUCUUGUGAUAACCAUAAAACAAGAGGAUACUUCAUGAAUAAUACAUUGCAAUGCAAAUAAACUGUUUACUUCUAGCUUGUAGCCUGUCUUUGUACACACAAAACAAGGUGUAUCCAGGAUGUCUAAACUGCCAACAGGGAAAGCGAGUAUGCUGUAGCUAUACUUCCAUGUAGUAUGUGAUUCUUGGGAGUUUAGUUUCUUACUAGUGGGGUUUUUUUUUGUUUGGUUUUGUUUUUAUUAAGGUGAGUGCUUUUUGGGUGAGAAGAAGGAGCGAUAUGAAUGCAAUAGGGGCAAAACUUCAGCCAUUCUUUCUCCAGCAAAAGUAACUGAUUGCUAAAAACCAUUAAGUGGUAAAGAACCUCAGGAUGUAAGAUUUCUGUAACUAACGCAUUAAGUGAGCAAUAUAUGCCAUCCAAAGGAGGGGGAAAUAGUGCUGUAUAAAUUAAUAUUUCUCUCUUUCACUUCACCAUGAGACCAGUGUAGCAGAAAUCUUAAUAAUGGUUCAUUUUAAGUCAUAAAUAUUCAGUACUUUUCAGCACUGAAGCUCCAGCUUUCAAUACACUUUUUAAACAAAAGAUAUAUUGAAAUAUGUAGAACAGUUACUAAAUAGUCAUAGUCAUGUAAAAUGGUGCUGCUCCUCACAGAAGUAUUUUAACUGUUUACAUUUUAUAAUUACAUAAUGAUUUAUGUAUAACUGACUUAAGUUUAUGUAUGAGUUAAACAAUCAUUCAGAAUUUAUUCCUUUGGAAAAUGCAGAUUUCUAGUGAAGCUAGGCUGUAUAAUUGAUUGCUUUGUGUAGAUGCAUAUUUUUGUGUAGUGAAUUAGAAUGUGAAGAGGAAUUUAAAUUAGUGAUACUCACAGAAAUGAGCCUAAAAAAAUACAGAAGUCUUGCCAGGCACAGAGCAUAAGCAAAUAAUAUGACUGUCUACUGAGGUUGUCCAGGAGGAAUGACUGAUGCUCUUCAGUGUUCCCUCAGAAUUUGUUGGGUAAAGUGAAUAUAUUUUUGAGGUUGUUACUGAAAGAGGAAAAUUUGCCUUUACAGUAUGUUUUAGAAAGAUAAAAGUGAUAGUAAUGCUUUCAAUAUCUUAACAGAUGUCUUUUUUAAAAAAAUACAGGGUUACAAGGAAUUGUAAUGUCUCAGUGACUAAAUUGAUAAACUGCACGGUUGUUUUCCUGGCCUGGCUAUACUGCUGGUAAGUGAUACAUGUGUGUAAUUUUGCUCUCCUCACUUGUAUCAGAUAUUUCAAUAUUGCCUUUCUAAACCACAUUAGUUAAGGCAAUUAUUUUUACAGGUUCCUGCCAAAUUGUAUAUUACCUCAGAAUAGGCAGGACAUGUUUGGAUUCAUCUAGCACUGGAACGUAGAAAAUCUGCUCAUGUUGAACAGAGACCAACAGAACAGUCUAUUUUGUAACUUUUUAUCAAAUUUUAAGCUGUGAAUUAAGCCAAAAUUUUGGGGCAUACAACAGUACUGCAUUGUUAUAUAAGGUCAAGUGAUAUUCUGGUUAACCCAGUAUAGCUAAGUUAAUACUGACAGAAUUGACUUCUGAUGCCUAUAAAUGUUAUUAAGAACAAAAUUUGGUAUAUAUCAUUUGUAUUUAAAUUGAUUUUGGACCCCUCUGGGUUGCAGUGAUAGCUGAAAUAUUUUGCUACUUUAAAAUCAUUUUGGUAUCACUUUCCAGUGUCCUAAAGAAAAUAUGUUUUUCAAAUGAAUAUUGAGUGAAACGGUUAUUCUGUUCUUUUUGUCUUAUAACAUACAGGUUGGGUCUAGUCUGUCAGCACCGUGUGCUAGCAAUAGUAACUUCACUGAGUUCAUAAGCUGUAGGGAGAGUUGAGCUUUGUUCGUUUUAAGGUAGGACUGAUGAAGGUGUGGGUCUUUCCAGGGCAAUCCUUGGUGUGAGGAGGUGAGCUGUAGUUCAAGGGAUUAUAUCAGUAAAGUCAGAGCUUUGCCUGUUGGAACCUGUAGUUCGUUUCUGGCACCAUCUUCAUAGUGGUGUUACUUUUCUGCAGUUUGUUGUAUGUUAUGCAAAUGCAAAAAAUGAUGGAAUGCAAAAAGUGAUGGCAAAGUUCAAAGACAAGCAAAUCAAAUUUCUAGUAACCAAGUUAUCACAACAAUAGGCUCUUCCUAACUUUUCAUUUUAUUUCUUCAAAUAUAAAAUGAUUUCAGGGUAACACCAGCACAAAUAGUAAAUAGGUGGGUAGCCAGAGCUGUCUUUGUCUAUUGUUCUGUUGUUCACUAUUAUACUGUCUAAUACAUUGUACAGUUUUAGUCUUAAAUUAGUACUGAGCUUUAUUUUAUUAUAUGACUCCAAAAUAUUUUCCUAACAACAGACUUUGCUAAAGUGCAUGCAACUUCCCACUUCUAGAGCCAUUCCAAUCCAUCGAAGGUUGGUAGUGAAUGAAUCGGUGAGCUGCGUCUGAUUUCCUAUGCCAGUUGAGGUCAGCAGUUGAGCAUUAAUAACAAGAUUAUUUCCCACCUUCUCUGGUCAGCUGCAGCAGGCAUCGCGGGCAAAACAGACAAAAUAGCUCCUCUCAUUUUGUACAAGUAGGUGCUUCAAGAUUUUUUAAUAGACUGAGGGGGAGAGAGGAAAAGGUUAAUACUGUGUGCUGCACCUUUACUCAGUGAGGUCUUUUGCUGAUUCAAGACAAGAGGGUCAGAUUUGAGUGUUUUGUGUGUGCAUUUGUGUGUUUGGGCAGCUGGACUGUCAAAGCAACACGGAGCAGUUGAACAGCCUGAGACUAGCCUGACUGCCUGGCUCCAUUUCAUUCAUCCUGCUAAGCUGAAUAAGCGCAGCACUUCUCCAUACGUAGGCAGUUUGCAGCCUGGGUUUUUAGUUUAGAAGCUCCUUACUACAUAUAUGUGAUGGUAUCUUUUGGAUAAGAAUUCCUGCUAGACACAAAGACAAUAGCAGCAUAAAUUGUCUAUUAACACACAUGCAAACACACACAGAUUUCUGAGGCUAUAGUGAGUUUAUUUGUGGUGGUUGUGGCAAUGGCACCCUCUACUGGCUCAGUGUAAAAAAGGAACGUUACUGAUGUGUGGGUUUAUUUUAUGGAAGAUUGCUUCUUUAAAGGCAGAGGCUAUUCAGUUAGGAAGCAAAAGCUAAGCACUUUGACAGGCAUUUGCAUGAAUAUAAUAAUCCUGCAUUAAUGUAUCUAUGGCAUUCAUCUCAACACUGGAUGGAGAAAAAAAUGAUUAAAAAAAAAAGCUAGUACAAGUGGAUAGUUUCCUACCCAUACAAUAAUCCAAAACAUCUGAGAUUAAAUGUUUGGGAAAAGUGGGAAAAGAAGGUUCAGUUUAUACUUGGUCUUACUGUUUGAGUAGCUAAAGACAGUCAGUUACAGUUUCUAGAUAUAUUUUUACUUGCUAGUGACAGCAGCUCACUCAUGCUGGUACAUUUUAUUUUCCUAUUAAUGGUUUGGUUUACCCACUUUGCCCUACAUAUUUAGCUUGAGGAUUAGGGUUGAAGCAGAGCAGUCUGCAUUUUUCAUUAGGAUUAGAAAGAAGGUUUUAAUAGAGAAAUGUGGUGAGACUCAACUGCCUAUCCAAAUUCUCAAUUCACUUAAUUUAGUCUUAGUUAAGGGCACUGGAUAAAAGUGAUAAUGUAAGUCAUCUCUUUUCCUCCCUUCUCCUCUUCCUUAGAUCUCUCUGCAUUACAGAAAUGUGUUAUGAAUCAGAUCACUUCACAUGGUGUUUCCACUUUCACAGUUAAAAAUUUAAGCUAGGUUUUCUCGAACUACCUCACACAAACUUUCUACGUUUCUUAAGUAAGCAAAGCUAACCCUUGCUAUUGGAACUACACUGAAUGUGAAAUAAUAGAAAAAUACACUUCCUUUAGAAAAAUAAACCUAUUGGCCAAUGUUGAGACAAUACCAGUAAGUAUGUUUCUUAUAUAUUUCACGUAAGAUGUUCAUGUGUAAUAUAUAGCUCGUGUACAAUAAUGUACAUCUAGAGUAUCGUGUUAGCUGUAAAUUGGUGAUUUUAUUAUUGUAGUCUGGUUUUGUAGGUAAAAAUAGCUUACUAGUAAUAUCAGCUCAUCCUUUACAUUUUACAAAAGGAAUAAUUCUUGGUAAGCUUUGCAUACAGAUGAAUUACUUUUGUAGGCCCAAUAUCUAGUCUAUUUUUGAGAGUUCUUUAACUUUUAUUACUAAAGUUGAGAAAAAAAACACUAGUUACUGUGAUCAUUUCUCCUGCCCUUUUUGAAGUAUAUUCUUAAUUUUAUUUUGUCCCAAGAAAUAUGAAGGAGAAGACACACCAUUAAAAAUAUUGGGAAAAAAAUGUAAUUUUUUUUCUUCCCCACAUUUGAUACCUUUUCCUGCUUUUCCUUUAUUCCCUCCAAAUAAGCUGUUGGUGGGGCAUUACUGAGAACAUUGUGGUUUGUUAUUUGUGGUUUUUUUUUUUUUUUUUUUAAAUCAGUCAUGCCAUAAGUCAUUACAUGUGCACCACUGGAAUGUAUACAUUGUUAUCUAGUAUGUCUAUUGGUUAUAAUGAUAUUUUAAAUAAAAAAGGAAAAAUUUGUUUGA